AUGCCUCUUCUUGAGGGCGUCACAUUCCAUGUCCCUCCCUCUGUGUCAGCCGAGCGCCAGCUUCAUGUCUCUACGCUUCUUCAAGCCAAUGGCGCCUCUCUCGCUCCUCUGACGGAAGCCGACUACGUCGUCACCAAUGCUUUUGACUUUGAAGGCUGGCAGAGUGUCCCUGACAACGCCAAAGUGGUUACUGAGACAUGGCUCGAGAGAACCAUGAUAUUAGGAAAGAUACAACCGGCGCAAUACUAUUCUCCGGACCCAGCGAUGCUAUUCUCGGGCGUAGUGGCGUGCGCAACUGAUCUGUCUCCACCAGACACCGAGGUGCUCUCCGCUGGUAUCACCGCGCUGGGUGGUCAGUGGCGGCCAGGCCUCACGCGCGAGGUGACCCACCUCUUUGCCGUCGCACCUGGCUCCGAAAAGUACGAAACCGCGAUGCAUUACCAGAAGGACACAUGUGUCAAGGUGCUUGCGCCCCACUGGUUCGAUGACAGCGUCAGAUUUGGCACGCGCGGUUUGGCGACGAAGCCAUACGAGUGGCCUGAGCCCAUGAUCCUCCAACCCGGACCCCGUAUCGACGGAGUGGGGGCCUCGAGUCAGGGAGAUCUCAAAGCCAGGAUCUCCGGUGACAAAAAGAUGCUGUACAGGACGGCCUUGAUGUCGCCGGGACAAGAGCAUCGUCUGGGGAACGUGGACAAAGGGAAUGUUUGGCAGGGCAGACGCAUCCUUCUCUGUUCUGACCUAGGUCUCUCUCAAGGGCGAAGGGUGGCCAUGGAAGCUAGUAUCACUCGAGCGGGCGGGGUCAUCAUAAACAGCGACGCAACCAAUGAAAACAUCAAGGUUGAUGAGGCGGACGUACUCAUUGCGAGGUAUAGGUGGGGACAUGCUUAUGUCAAGGCUGUGAGAGCGAACAAGUUCAUUGGAACGCUCGCUUGGAUAUUUCACGUCCAGGCUGCGGGAGUCGUGUCUGCGCCGACGGCUCAACUGUUGCACUAUCCUAUCCCCAAGAAACCUGUUGAAGGGUUUUCUUCACACGAGAUCACGGUCACGAACUACACCGGAGAGUCGCGUGAAUAUCUCAAGAAAUUGAUCACGACCAUGGGUGCCACGUUCACUCCCAGCAUGUCGGGACGCAACACUGUACUCAUCGCAGCAUUCAUUGCCGGUAAUAAAACUACCAAGGCCGGAAACUGGUCCAUUCCGGUUGUAAACCAUCUCUGGCUCGAAGAUUGCUUUGUUCAAUGGAAGAAUAUUACGGUCGGCAAGGAGAAGUACGUUAACUUCACGCCGGGGAUCAACUUCACUGAGAUGCUGGGCGAACGCGGUAUUGGACGGUCGGUAGUUCUGGACGGUCUGUUGGAGGUGGAAGAAGAGAUGAAUGCGGCCAGACAAGCCUCCUCUGAAGGCGCAGAGACAAACCCACCCCCACCUCCUUCUAAUAUCAGUGCUCGGGAAGUCGAGGAAGCAGUGAGGGCGGUGGAUGGCAUGGACGUCGAGGACGAGCCCAUCAGCAAAAAGGCGAAGACAAUAAGACCCGAGCCUGAUGAUAUGGAAGUAGACGAACCCCCAGCAGCGGGGAAUAGUCGCCAGCCCCGUCCUCGCACGCUCUCGAAUGCUAGUGAGCUCCGACGCAGCACACGCAGAAAAAGCAUCAGCAGUGUAGCGGCCCCAGUUACCCCACGACCAGAACAGCCGCCUUCCUCGAGGCCCGAGGCCCCCGCUGAGCCCAAGAACCUCCCUGAGCCCGGCAAAACCGCACGGAAGCCUCCCGUAUCUGCGCGCGCUCAUAGCGCUCAUAAGGGCAAGGACCGAGACCGAGACCCAAGGUCAGACGACGAUGCCCCUGUGGCUCGCCCAAAGGAUGCGCCCAAUAAGACCAAACUCCGCCGGGAACCUAUUCCUCCCCGAGGGUCUGACGACGAACUCGAGGUCAUCGAAGAUACGACAGUGUUGUUGAAGGACGGCGAGUCGUCCAAGCUGCCCACCAGCACGCCACCAACCCCCAAAUCCUCACAAAACAAGACGCCGCGACGACGACUGUCUGUCCUCUUGCCCCCAAUAGGUACAGGCGAUGCGCUCUUUUCAGGAUCCCGACACCGCAUAGGCAAAGAACCGAGCUCGUCGAGGCCUAAAUUACCACGUCCAGACCUGGGCUUGACAUCAGAAAAGGAGGCCGCAGGCCCGUCGACGCGGAAGCGGCCUAAGCCCCGAAUAUCAGCAGCUGAUCUCAGUCUCAUCCAGAACUCGCCAGCGACGAGCCGGGCGAUCGGGCGGCGGGCGGCGGCGGACAAGGCUACGCACAAGUUGAGAGAGGAGAUCAUGCCCGACGUCAGGAAUUUCGAGAAGGAGAUGAAGAGGGGGCACGUUCGUGCGAUAGGCGAAAGCGAUGGGGGGGUCGCGCGGGAUGCCAAAGGCAAGGCGAAGGAAGUGACUGAGGAGGACGAACAGAAGGCAAAGGGCAAGGGGCUCGAAGACGUGGCGGAGAGGGUCAUCGCUAAGAAGCGGAUGAAGUCUAGGCAGGAGGCGGAAGAAUCUGCGGACGAUGGAGAACGGGGUCGUAAAAAGCGGAGAGUCAGCACGUCGAAUGCUAAGGGCAAGAACAGGGCCGGGGAUGAUGAUGAUGAAAGUCAGAGUCGCGUGACCCGGGAGGGGAGGCAGGCCGUCCGAUCAAGCAAGAAGGCUCCGGCACACACCCACGAGCCUUCGGACGAAGAACGACCAGCUCGAAAGACGCAGACGGCCAGUUCGUCGGCGAGGAAAGGGAAGGACAGGGCCGCCCUCGAAUCAAACGAAGACGACGAAGACGAAGACGACGAAGACGAAGACGACGCAAGCGCUCCGUCCAAAAGCAAAGGGAAACACAAGGCAGCCCAGAGUGAGCAUGUGCCCAAAGAUGCCGCGCGUAGCGUCAGCCGGCAAGAUUCUAUGCAAAAUAUUCGCAGCUCUGAACCACCCGACAAAUCCGAUGUCAGAGUGUUAGUGACGCAGCUGUCGCUCGGAGAGGAAGUGACGAAGGCGUUGACCAAAUUGGGCGCUAAAAUGGUCUCGAAGCCUUCGGAAUGUACGUAUCUCGUGGUCAAAAAUUUGGGCCGGACGGAAAAGUUCCUGUGUGCGAUGGCUGUUGCGCCAUGCGUCGUGACAGAGAAAUGGGCUCUCGCGUCGGCGGCGGCAAAACAACUCUUACCGCCCGAUAGGUACUUCCUCGUUGAUUCUCAAAACGAGGCGAAAUACAACUUCAAGCUCUCCCAGGCUCUGCGCCGGGCAAAAGAGAACAAAGGGAAGUUGUUUGCGGGGAUGGUAUUCUACGUGACCCCAAAAGUGAACGUCGACAAGAAAUUAUUGAAGAACGUCGUCGCUGCCCAUGGUGGUCAGAUUCGCAUCCAACCGCCUACCGCUCGUAUAAUCGGCGGCAAGGGCAAAAACUUUGCCAUCUCAUGUCUAGAGGAUAUAUCCAUUUGGAGACCUAUCGCUCUGGCCGGGCAUACGGUUUAUUCUCAAGAAGUGCUUUUGACCGGGGCGCUAACACAGCAGCUACUCUGGAACGACCCCCAGUAUCAUGUCAACAAGUAG